AUGGCGACACUCGAGGUCUUAGCAUCCAUUACUAGGCUGAGCGACCGUGUAGUGAGAGUGCUGGGCCAGAACCCAGGCAAAUUCACACUGCAAGGGACCAACACUUAUCUUAUCGGCGAGCGCAACCCCUACACCCUUAUCGACACCGGCUCAGAAGGCAAAGAUGCCUACAUAGCUCAACUCGAAUCUGCCCUGAGCAACACCUGCAAGCUCACGAACCCAAAUGAACCCCAUGUAUCCGACAUUAUCAUAUCUCACUGGCAUGGCGAUCACAUAGGUGGGCUGUCCUCCGUCCUCUCGCUCCUGCGGAGAAUGUGGGACGAACGCAACACCCCUGCUCCGUUCAAGCCACCCCGUAUACACAAGUUUCCCCUUGUAAAUGCGCCGCCGUCUGGCGCCAAUGCAACUAUCGCUCCCCCUCCCCCGGGUACAUACAUUCCCGCCGCCAACGGUGUCUUCCUGCACGAUCUCGCAGACGGCCAGCUGUUCCCAAUAACUGGCUCUCCCUCUUCCAUGCAAGUCAUCCACGCCCCAGGUCACACCGCCGACUCCAUUAGCCUCCACAUUCCCGACGACAACGCCCUCUACACAGCUGACACCGUGCUCGGCCAGGGCACAGCGGUGUUUGAGGACUUAGGAACGUAUAUCUCCUCCCUGCGCAAGCUACUCGCUUUUCAAUCUGAUUAUACUGUGUUGUACCCUGGGCAUGGCCCCGUCGUCGCUGAGGGUCCUAAGCUCAUCGGUACAUAUAUCGCGCAUCGCAUGGAGAGGGAGGCGCAGAUUGUUAGUGUCAUCGAGAAACCCAGUCCUGAAGGACAGCCUUGGUCUACAUGGGGAAUUGUAUCCACGAUAUAUUCUGCGUACCCGCAGAAUCUAUGGGAGCCUGCUGCACGAAGCGUGAAUCAGCAUCUCAGGAAGCUUCAAGCCGAGGGCAAGGUGAAGAGGCUUGAGGGUGAAGACAAGGAUGUGAAGUGGGAGUUACUAGCGAAGUUGUGA